AUGGGCCUCACCGUGCCCGUACCUGGACGAGGCCGGGCAGUCUCUAUUGCUGAUAUCCUUCGUCCGCAGGAUAAAGACAUAGCUGUCUUGGUGAAGAGUUUGGACGAUUUGGACCGCUCCUCUUUUGCAAACCUGCAAGAUAGUCUGGACCAGUCAGCCGCGUUACAACAACUGCGGCACUUUCUCAAGGAUGACGCUGAACUUCACGGGGCCAAGAGUGGCUUCAGACGUGCUGGCGGUUUACAGGCACUGCUUCGUCUGCUUCGAUCUUUGACCGAUACCUAUGGAGCGCAAGAAACCCCUUCGUCCAACAUCAAAGUCUUUCUCCAGACACUGUCACAGUGGUUCGCCGUGCUUGGAGCUGCAUUAGAAGGACAUGAAGGCAGCCAAAGGUAUUUUAGAACAAAGGUGGAAUCCAACGGGUGGGAAUCUUUGCAAUGCACGCUGCAGCAGUGUUUGGCCCUUGUGUCGUGCCAAAGCAGAGAAGAGUUGUACACUGAGCAGUUCUUUGGUAUUCUCUUCGCGACAGCCGCAGGAGUGGAAGUCGUCGACGAUAUCUACACGGCGGUCGAGCGAUUCGUCAAGAAGCAAGAUGUGGAACCUAUCUCCGAGGGCACUGUCGGCAUUGUACAGACUGCGGUGGCUAAGUCAAUGUCGAGUGUGGAUGAACUCGCUUUGCCCGAGCUCCUUACCACAAUACUUGUUCUAUGGAGUACGGGAAUCAAGGCAGGACGCAUAUCACCGCGGUCCAUGCGAUUGACUCUACCAAUGGGCCUCAGAGACAUCCUUUCGAAAUCCAGACAUAACCUAGUCACCGCCCAUACCGCCGGAACGUUGACAGCGAUACUACAACUAGUGUUUGAAGAGCAGCUAUCACCGGUUGAAAGGUCCUUGUUCAAAGAAGCUGCCUUAGUCCUCUGCCAAGAAGGAGUCUCGAGUCUGGACGACGCCCAUUACCUGUUCAAUCAGGCAGCAUCAUCAUCUGAUGGAGGGGCUUUUCUGCUGGAUGCCGUGAACGCAUCGAGGCAACCUCCUAGUGUCCAGUUCGACCUUUCUCAACAGGGUUAUGCGUCUACCGAACUUGCAACCCUUGGUAGGCCGUUUCCUCCUCUUGAAACCCCCGGUUAUACCUUGAGCCUAUGGGCUCGUUUUGAUCUGUUCGACACUCAAGCACAUACCACCCUCUUCGGUGCCUUCGAUAAGAGUCAAACUUGUUUCGUUCUGGCGUAUCUGGAGAAAGACACACAUCAUCUCAUUCUCCAAACGGCAAUUCAGGGAAACAGACCGAGCGUUAGGUUCAAAUCGGUAGCCUUUCAGCCAGAUACGUGGUAUCAUAUCUGCAUAGUCCAUAAACGACCGCGAACCACAUCAUCGUCGAGAGCGUUCCUUUUUGUCGAUGGAGAGUUCGUGGAACAGCAAAAGGCAAACUAUCCCUCAGCUCCUCCUGGUGAGCGUGGACAACCCUACCCUAAGGUUCAGGCAUUCUUCGGUACGCCUCAGGAUCUUUCUCCUCGCGCCGUGGGAACCGCUUGCCUCUCUAAAUGGUCAUUGGGCUCUGCGAUAUUAUUCUCAGACACUAUGAGCGACGAUCUGAUUGCAGUUUUCUACCAUCUGGGCCCGAAGUAUCAUGGCAAUUUCCAAGACUGCCUUGGAUCAUUUCAGACCUACCAAGCCUCAGCCGCCUUGAACCUCAGAAACGAGAUGCUGCAUCCUGGGAAGGAAGACCAGUCGGAGCUCAUUUUAGCGAUUAGGAAAAAGGCCAGUCACCUUAUCCGCGAAGACAAAAUCCUCAUCAACAUAUCUGCCGCCACCAUUGUGGAUGACGACGAUCGAAAUAACAUUGACGAGAGUCAGCUUGUAAAGUCCCUGUCAAAAUUGGCGGCUAAAAACCUGGUCGCCUAUACACGGUCCGGCACUAAUGCUGUUGCGAUCAACGGUGCGGUGCCUGCCAUUAAUGAUGCUCUUACACAAGCUCGUGGCGUCUUUCUGCUCAUGGGCGACCCAACCGUGACUGUGCCACAUUCCCUGGAUGAUGCUAGCUGGCGCUUAGGUGGCUGCGGUGCUGUUGGUCUUUGUCUUCUGCACCGGGCUCGAACCACGGAAGAAGUUGCCCUUGCCGUCGAUAUCCUGCUGGAGACCGUGCGCUACAGCUGGAGGAACAGCGAGGUGAUGGAACGCGAUGGAGGAUAUUCUAUCCUAGCAAUGAUUCUGAAGGAGAAACUCGUACUUCCCACACAACAAAACAGUGACUCAGCAAAGACGACGAUUGCCAUUCCCACUCCUCGGCUCGAUAGAAACACGCUGAGUCUCCAGGUUUUGAAGUCCAUACUGUCAUUCACUGGGUAUGACCACGAAAACUUGUCAAAAUCGGUCAUCAAUAACCCCUUGGCGUACAAAAUUCUGAUAGCGGACAGCAGCAUCUGGCGCUGCGGCCCUUUCCCUGUACAGCAACUAUAUUUCGGACAGUUUCUCGUUUUUGCUGAGCAGAGUGAGUUCAAGCGAUUCAACUUGAAGAGGCUAUCCAGAAUGCGAGUCCUGAAACGACUUAUGGAAGCUUUGAAGUCAGAACCUGUGUCAAGGGCUAUCAUCCCCAUGUAUAUGGCUGCUUUUAAGGUGCUCCUGCCUCAGUCCCUGUCUGCGGAAACUUUGCGAUCGCUUGCCCUAUUUGUUACUUUCUCCGUUAACAAACGUAACGCUGGUCUGCAGUUCCGCAAGCCAACACGUCGAGAAGCUCGCCAACGAAGCUCCUCCGCAGGGUCUUCGAAGAGUGGCAAAGAUGAGGCCACGUCCAACUUAACCCAUUUCGAGAUAGGCGUUGAGGUUCUCCGGUUGUACUCGGACAUGUUAUGCCGCAAGGAUGACGACACUAUGAUCAAGAAGUUUGCGAAGACAGUCACGAACAAGUGGCUCCUCUAUCUACUCUCAGAGACUUCCCCGGAAGUGGUCGUGCUUUCAAUGAGAAUACUGGCGCGGUUGCUCGUUGUGCAUGGGGACAGCUACGUCAAGAAGUUCAAGGACAAUUCCAAAACAUCAGGCUUCACCGUGUUGGCAUAUCGACUCAAGCGGUGGUGGCAUCUUCCAGCUUUGUGGCCUGCAUGUUUUGCUAUUUUAUUCAACCUCGACGUCUGCAACCUUGACCUGGACAGAAAUUUUGAUCUAUUCGGCUUCAUCGAUCUCUUCGCGGGUAAGAAGGAGUUUUCCGUCACGUACCCUGAAAUUCUCGAAGUUAUCAUGGCUAUGCUACAGAGCGGCCUCAAAACGAUAGUCGCGUCCAAGCGCCACCAAGUUGCUACCACUCUAGCGCCUCCUCUGGAAGACCUGGAUCAGCCCCCUCAAAGGCUGUCGAUGUCAACAAUGGCACCACCAAAUCCACUCCUUACUAUCGUGACUAGCCAACAUGUCGAGACCCUCGAUACUGUAGUCAGAUUCCUUGCAGAUCUCCACACAAGGUCACGAAAAUUCCGAGAUUUUACAGCGACCAACAGCUCGUCGUAUAUCCAACAAUUGCUCGCCGUGCUUUUCCCGGUAGUGGUGGGUUCUGAUAAUGUCGAAGCACGAACUGAAUUGGAUGCUCGAGAUUCCAUGUUGACGUUUGACGGUGCUGAUGUUGUUGUGCAUCCUUUAUCGACCACGUCGCCCAUAAUACGUACGUCGGAGGUGGAACCAUCACCUGUAGGGUCUCGGGGCUCGACACUUCGACGAGGGUCCUCGUUUGUUCUAGUCACACGAGACCAGACUCACCAAAACGGCAACGGCAAUAAGAGCGCCUCUGCCGACGGCUCUGACUCCGCAACCCGAAAAAUGCCAGAGCUCAACGAGGGCCAUUCGAUCGUACAAACUUUACUAGAAAUAGUUGUGGCUAUUUUUCUGGACCAGAUUUUGACGAGAAAGGACUUUCCCGGGCUCGGGCUGUUUCUCAAAACGCCGCCUGGCUUUGUCGAGCACCAAACCUACUUUGAAACAUGGAUUUUGAGAAAUACAGUGUCACAACUUUCGACCCAAGUCGCUUUGGACCAGAAAGUUCUGACUGAACCCAGAGUUUUGACAAACCUUGCGCGUCUAUUCAGCCACCUCGAAGAAGCCCUUUUUGAAGGCUGGUUCAUUGGAGGAGCUGAUCCUGUCCUUGAUCUCGCAGGCUCCAUUCUCGAGUUCCUUCAACGUCCUGACGUAGCAAAGAUGAAGAGUGUCCGGCUGUGCGCACAAACAAUCGCGAUUAUUCGUGCUGUUGUUUUCCGGAUAGUCCUGCUCAGCUUAUCAUCAAUCCGAGACAACCAAUCAUUGCCUUUUCUGGGGAAGCUGACUUAUUGGCAAACAGUCUUGCUCUCUGCCGAAGAAGCACAGUCGAGCAAUUUACAACUCAUUUGCUAUUUGCUCUACGCACAGCUAGUUUCGUCCACGGAUGCUGUUCGGCAAACGGCCGCCAAUCUUUGGAGAAUUAUUCUUGUUCAAAAACCGCAUGAAGCUACCGCCAUCUUUGGGCAGACGGAUACAAACGAGCAGAAGAGCCUUACCUCUGGGUUUGCAAAGGUGGUGGAGCUCGACAAUGAAGCUUUCCUGCAUUGGGUGGAUGAGCACAGGAAUGAAUUAGACACGUUGUUCUUCGACACGCUCUCCAAACAGUGGAAUAGUUUUGUCGCCAACGAGAAUAAGCGUACCGAGGAGAAUGGUCGCUUGAGAAUUUCCCGCAGACGCGAGAAAGUGAGGCAGUGGUCACAAGAGGAAGCUGAUCGCGAGGACCUGAUCCGCCGGCAUGAAUUAGCGUUCGAGAACUGGACAGCCAAUAUAUAUUCGUCGGAAUAUCUCAAGCAUCAGCGGCUCGUGCAAGACCAACAAGACGACCUUCUUUACACAGAAACCAAUUUCAACCGAAUGCAGAGGGACACCAGCAGACCAGGAGGAUUAUUCUACGCCAAAAAGGAACAGAAAUGGCGCCUAGACCAGACGGAAGGUCGGAAUAGAAUGCGCAUGCGACUCCACGAAGACUUCAGCAAAGCAGAAACUGACCAACCGAAGCGAAAAGGAUCAGAGGUGCCACCAUUAAGGCUUGACACUCGCAAUACGAAGAUGUCCACUCUUGAGGCAAUCGGAGCAACACCUGGUGGGGCGACACCCAUGGUUGCAACACCCCAACGCAUCAACACCGGUACAGAGCCUUUCCCUCAGAUCGAGGAGGAAUCCUCUGGUCAACAGCAGCAAGAUGACUCCGUCAAUAAUGACGAGAGUGAGCAACAGAGCGAAGCAGUAGACGGCGACGACAGUUUCGAGAUGGUUGAGGAUCCCAACGUAGAGCUGGAGGACUUCGAAGAUAAGAAUCGCAAAGUCAUGCGGAGUCUCCACCGAGGUGAUCAGGUUAAGCAUGUCGCCAACAUUUCUCGCAUACUUGGACUUGAAGCUGUUGAAGGUCUGCUCAUCCUUGGCAAGGACUACAUUUAUCUCCUCGACAACUUUUUCCAGCGAGCAGACGGAGAGAUUGUGAACGUCUGGCAAGCCCCUGAGGAGGAGCGGGACCCUUAUGUCAGGAUGAUAUCUGGGAGAGACGUUUCUGACAAAAAGCAUGUCUCCAGGAAUGAAUACCAUGGGGCUCGCAGUUGGAAAUGGUCAGAGAUCAUCAGCGUUUCGAAGCGUCGUUUCCUAUUUCGAGAUGUGGCGAUCGAGAUCUUCUUCAGUGACGGCCGAAGCUAUCUGCUGACCGUCAUCUCCCCUUCUGUUCGGAAUGAAUUGCAUAGCCUCGUUAGCGCCAAAUCUCCCUCCCCAAGUGCGCUAAGCGCUGCACAUCCCGAGACGGCCUGGCGUUACGAAACCUUGAGGAGUGUCGAUGACGAGCCACAAACUCUUGGUUCAAAGUUCGCAAACGUAUUUGGACAGCAGGCGACCUACCUCGCUGCAACUCGAAAGUGGCAGAAAGGAGAAAUGUCAAAUUUCCAUUAUCUCAUGCUCGUCAAUACGAUGGCGGGACGAACAUACAAUGAUUUGACGCAAUAUCCUGUGUUUCCGUGGAUUAUUGCAGACUACACGAGCGAGGAAUUGGACUUGUCGGACCCACGAAGUUUUCGCGAUCUUUCCAAACCCAUGGGAUGCCAGACUCCGGAACGAGAGAGACAAUUUCGCGACCGUUACGAAGCCCUGGCAGAGAUGGGAGACGCCAGUACUCCCGCUUUCCACUAUGGGACUCAUUAUUCAUCUGCCAUGAUUGUGACUUCCUACUUGAUCCGACUGCAACCUUUCGUCAAAUCAUACCUACUCUUACAAGGUGGGACGUUCGACCAUCCUGAUCGCAUGUUCUUCUCUGUCGAAGGGGCGUGGAAAUCGGCGUCACGCUUGAUCCCGACAGACGUGCGUGAACUAACACCUGAGUUCUACUAUUUGCCUGAAUUCUUGGUGAACGUCAACAACUUUGACUUCGGGACCAGACAAAACUCGAGCGAGUCGAUUGGCAAUGUCGAGCUACCACCCUGGGCAAAAGGCGAUGCUAGGAUAUUUAUAGCCAAGCAACGAGAGGCUCUCGAAAGCCCUUUUGUCAGCAAGAAUUUGCACAAGUGGAUUGAUCUCGUUUUCGGCUGCAAGCAGAAAGGAGAAGCGGCGGUUGAAGCCGUCAACGUCUUUCAUUACCUCUCGUACCAGGGUGCUCGCGAUCUCGAUUCCAUUACCGACGCCCGAGAUCGACUGGCGACCAUAGGAGUCAUUCACAAUUUUGGCCAGACGCCCUAUCAAAUCUUUACCAAACCCCACCCGGCCAGAGAGCAGACCCGGCAUAGAUACAAACGUUUGGACACGGCUGCAGAGUCUUUGACCAGGGUCCCUUCGACUCUUUUGGAGACGGAAGAAAGGAUUGCAUCUCUCAGCUGGUCAUGGAAGUCCGAGCGAUUGUUGUGCUCUGGUGCCUUCAGGCUGAACAUACCUCCAGACUACGAGAUGUACAUGGAGUGGGGGUUCUCUGACAACAGCGUCCGUUUCUAUUCCACGGAGAGUCGCAAGCAAGUUGGCCUUUUCGAGCAUUUACAUAUUGGACAAUUGUCGUGUGCUCUAUUCACCGAUUCAAGAACUUUGGUCACGGCAGGCACUGAUUGUACAGUUGCGGUCUGGACAGUGAUUGACACAGGCAAGUCAGUUGAAUUGCACCCUCGAGCGACUCUGUUCGGACACCGAAAGGCCGUGACCGUGCUGGCAGUGUCGAGGGCAUUCAAUGCACUAUUAUCGGCAUCGUCAGAUGGACAGGUCAUGUUGUGGGAUCUCAACCGAUGUGAGUUCAAUCGCAUGCUCGACGAUCGACUUCCGGUGACAUGUGCCACAAUCAAUGACGUUACUGGGAACAUCGUGCUCUGCCAUGGCCACGAGAUCAGUAUGUACACGCUCAAUGGUGACCGAUUACUACGCCAGGACUCCGGGGAUCGAUUGCAAGAGAGCAUCGUCUCAUGUGCAUGCUACGAGGGUGCUGGCAACGAAUGGCUUGAACGAGACCUUGUUUUCACAGGCCAUAAGAGAGGUCAAGUCCGGAUCUGGAGCAAAGUUGUGCGUGGAGGGCGAUUCGAGUUGGAACUCAUCCGUCAGUUGAAUCAUGCGGAUAACAGCAGGGAUGACGGGGCCAACGUCAGCGCUGGCAUCAGUUGCAUUCUGCCAAUGGCACAACUGGUGUACACUGGCGAUGAAGACGGCAGAGUGGUGAGUUUUUCUGUAUGA